AUGGCCGGUUCAGCGCCUGCUUUCACGCAGGCAUUCUCAACGCAGCGUAUCUGUCUCCUCAUCGGCCUCUUGGUAUGCUCCACCAUCGCGGGGCCGGCGAUCGGAUCGGAUUUCCGGUGUCCCGAUUAUGUCAUCCAACACGCACCUCUCAUCUGGCUGCACUCUGAGGACCCGUAUAUGCCCAGCGACCUCUUGACGCACAUUCAGCACACCUCGCCGGCCCUGGAUGGCAAAUCCAUUCCCGACAUUUCAACGCUCGACCUGGACAACUUGGAAACGCUCAAUCAAUUUGGAGACGAAGUAGCUCUCACGUCAAACGAUGAUCCUCUGGGCUAUCCAGAAUGGAUCCACGGUGUGACUCCCGAUGCUGAUGGCAGAAUCAGCAAUGCGACGCCGUGCGUCGUUGUUCUCGUCGAAAAGGGACAGCAGGACCUGGACGCGUUCUACUUUUACUUUUACUCCUUCAAUGAGGGCAUGAACAUCAGCCAAGUCUUGGAGCCUUUUAACCGCAUGGUCAAGGGUGAGAAGGCGCAGUCGGGGAUGCACUUUGGUGAUCACGUGGGAGACUGGGAGCACAACAUGAUUCGGUUCCGGGAUGGGAAGCCGACUGGGAUUUACUACAGCCAGCAUGUUGAUGGAGCGUCUCUCAGCUGGGAUGAUUCAACACUUACGAAGAUGGAUGGUAGACCUAUUGUCUACAGCGCACGGGGCUCUCAUGCCAACUAUCCGACUGCGGGUGAACAGAUACACAAUUCGGUCUUGGUCGAUUACUGCAACGAAGGAAGAAGGUGGGACCCUAUUCUAUCAGCGUACUUCUACCGCUUCGACAAAGAGUCCUCCACCGUCAACAGAUUGGAUCCUCCAGCCGAAUCAUCCCCAACUCCACCGCCUUCCUCCAACUUGACGUCCUUCUUUUACUACUCUGGCCGAUGGGGAGACACAGAAUACCCAAUGUCCGAUCCACGCCAGGAAAUCGUCCCCAAGUUUGGACUGAAGAGAAUCGUGUCCGGACCGACUGGCCCCCGACACAAGCACCUUGUCCGAAAGGGCCUCAAGCCAGACCAGAGGCGCAAGAUGGGAUGGAUGGAGUGGGGCGUCGGCAUUUACAUGUCCUUGUACCCGUGUUGUCUGAGAGGAUGGAGGAGGUGGGUUUUCAUGGGACUAAUCAUUGCAGUCCUAUCGGGUGCUGUCAUUGGGAUUGUCAUAGCGGUCAAGAAGUAUAGAAACAGGAAGUAUACGAGGUUACAGGCGGAGGAUAUACCACUAGAUGACUGGGCGCUGGAAGAUGAGGCACUAUUGUCUUCAUCUGACGAAGAGGAUGGGGGUAAAUCGUCCAAAUUUGCCAAAAGACAUGGAGAUUAA